GUUCAAUAAGUCACUUGAUAUCAUUAACCAAUAUACACACCAGCCAUGAUGUAUACUAGUAUACUCUACGCAGCUGCACUUGUUACCAGCUUCACCUCAGCAGCACCUACAGGCAAGCGACAAUCUGGUCUUUCACCAGAUGGCAACUACUUUCCGCUUCCCAAUGGAUUCCCAACCCCUAGCCGAGAAGGCGAAAUCACAAUCCAGGAUGGGGCACAUGGUACCUUACCAAACGGCCCACCGCCACCUGCGCUCAGUGCGGAGGGUGUCACCAACCUCAAGUUGAUCGCGCUGAACGAGCUUUUCGAAGUAGCCUUCUUCACAGAGUUGAUCUAUAACGUCACAAACAAAGUCUCGGGAUACGAUCUGGGGAUGGGCCACGACUACAUGCUUGACUCGUUGAAUGCCAUUGUCAACCAAGAAGAAUUGCAUGUACUCAAUGCAAACGGCGCACUUGAGCACUUCAACCAAGAGAAAAUACAGCCAUGCAAGUACAACUGUAAGUCAUUUACUACACAUAUCACCCAUACCUAGUCUAAUGAUAUCUCGACAGUUCCAGUGACGGACUUUCAAUCCGCCAUUGCACUAGCUGGCACUUUCACCGACGUCGUCCUGGGUACUCUCCAAGACGUAAACCAGAUUUUCGCCAAAAACCAGGACGAUGGGCUUGUGCGCGCCGUCACAUCUGUCGUUGGCAAUGAAGCCGAGCAAGAAGGAUUCUUCCGGUUAAUGCAAAAGAAGCGGCCAUCAUCUCAGCCCUUCCUCACAACAGCCACCCGCGAUUUCGCAUUCACUGCCAUCCAGGAUUUUGUUGUCGAAGGUUCUUGUCCAAACAUCGGUAGCAUUCCGUUGAAGAGGU